AUGGUCUCGUGGAGCCAGUUUCCACCUGAAAUAAAGCGAAAAAUCGCUGAAAAUUAUGAUUUCAUGAGCAGAAACUCAAUGAGAAAUACAUGCCAUGUGGAUCGCCAAAUUGUGGAUUCAACGAAAUUUCGAAUUCCACGUGUCAGAUUUGGGUACAAACAAGACGAAUGUUUGAUUUGUAUUUAUACGGGGAUCGAGAAGUUUUUGAGACUGGAAAUUCUGAAAUUUGAGAAUGGAGUUGUCGUUUUCAAAAGUGAAAACUCGCACUACUUGACAGAUUCCACUCGAAAAUUCAUUCCAUUCGCUUUGUCAUUGAAUGAGGGAUUGCUCAUUCUUAAAUCCCUACUGGCUCACAAAUCAAUUCAAAUUUCAACAAUGGAAUGGGAGCUUGAAGAUUGCAAUAUCGAUAAACUUGGAAAACAGAUGAAAAAACUUUUGGGGAUAUCAAAAUUUAGUGUUAAAGAAUUGGAAUUGGCUAUGGGUACGGAUGAGAUUCAUUUGAGAUAUUUAGAAGAAAUUUGCGAUUGGAACAAAGUGGAAAUAAUUCGAAAAUUCGGAAUCAUUUUGCAUUCGAAAAGUAUGAAUUUGAUCAGUGCUUACGAUUAUGGAAUCGUUGAUUUUGUUUCCGGAAAAGCAAUGUAUUUCACCCAUUAUUACACACAUGACCCACGAGUUGACUUGGAUGCUCUUGUGGACCAACUAAAUAGACGUAUAGAAGAAAAUGGAGAUGGUGAACUUUAUUGGUUCACUCAUCGUGAGCCAAGUGAUAAGGAUUGGUCAUUUUCUGAAGACUAUCGUUUCAAAGAUGGUAAUGUUACCCACUCAAAAAGGAGUCCAUGUGGAAUGUGGGUCAAUCGGUGUCAGGAGAGUUUUGCAAAAGAGUUGAAAGCAAUUCAUGACACUCAAAAAUGUGGAAUCGGAAGUCUUUGUCCAAAACACGCGGAUCCUUUCGACUAUUGGUACCAUCAGAAUUUGCCACGUCGUCUUAUACAAGAACCAUUUUGGAAUGGAUUCAUUGAAAAGUGUUUUUUUCCAACUCUACCAAUUGAUUUGAACAUUUUUUAA